CCACCACCAGCCUUGCGACUGCACUGCGAUUCGUGUGCCUUUCAAGUUGAACUACUAUCAACCUGCAAGGUGGUGUUUUCUAGGGCAAAAAAAGAGAAAGAAUAUCGAUAGAGGAAACAAGGCCGAAAAAACAACAAAAAUCAUACCCUUUACCGUUUCGGCCUUCCGUGCUGCACUUUCACGGCGGACUGUUUGUUCCCUUGGCAAGACACAAGUGUGGCUGCCCCGGCGCCCCAUCUCGAAUAAUAUUCGCCUCCACCUGUGAGUCCUGCCUCAUCACCACCACCCUCAGCCCGCCCAAAGCCCGCCCAGCGCGCUACAUCCCGCCUGCCACUUUCGCGAGCCGCUACCCACAAACGCCCACCCAACUUCAACCACACACAAUCUCCCCGAACACCUCGAGCGUCAUUGCGAAGAGGGGCAGCUGUGGUUUUAUCUUUGCUUACGCAUCUUUCCACAUAGCUUUACCUCUCCCAGUAUCGCCUCAUUCUCGAACCCGACCGACCGCCGAAUUCGAGCUUGUCUUCAACUCUCUCACUCUCUAUCCCUCUCGCCGAACCCGAAUCCAGCGCUUACUCCCCCACCGCAACCACGACCGCAAACCACCCUUCACCUAUCCCUCUCUAUGACAUCGACGUCGCUUGCUUCGUAGCAGAGACUAGAAAUGCCGGCCAACCAUCGCCAGCCGGCAGCUCAGACGCCAGCGUCACCGAACACAAAGUCCACCGCGAGAUACACAAACAAGGAUGGCUCCAAGAUCAUCACCGUCCCGAAAGGCCCCCCCUCCGCCGAACCCUCGCAACCCUCUACCCCGACCUCGUCGGCAAAGGCGCCCAGCGUCCAGACCCUCGAUACCAACGGUGCUGACCCCUCAGCGCCUACUGUGAAUCGAAAGAAGCAGAAGCGUCGGGCAAAGGCUGCUGCCAAAGCUGCUGCCGAGCAAGCCGCCGUCCAACCACCAAACGGACGUCGCCCGAGUCCUGCUCCUGGCGCGCCCGCGUCCAAACCUCAGGUUGCCCAAGAUGACGAGGAUCAGGAGUCCAGCGACGACGAGCCCGAAGACCAUCACUCUACCGACGACCGGCCCCAUGCCAACGGCUUCUCCGCGACCAAAUCCAAAAAGUCCAAAAAGAAGAAGAAGAAGAACGGAAAGAACCCGCAGCUGGCCAACAGCCAGUACGACAGCGUUCCGUUUCCUCAUUCUCACUCCCACUCGCCAUUGACGCCCCGUGGCCCUGGUAUCUCCAAGGAUAAGAUCUGGAACACCAGCUCGCAGGAGGAGCGGGAGCGCAUCAAGGAGUUCUGGUUGGGUCUCGGCGAAGAUGAGCGCAAGUCGCUAGUCAAGGUCGAAAAGGACGCCGUUCUGAAAAAGAUGAAGGAGCAGCAAAAGCAUACCUGCAGCUGUACUGUUUGUGGCAGGAAGCGCACCGCCAUUGAGGAGGAACUCGAAGGCCUGUACGACGCUUACUAUGAGGAGCUCGAGACCUUUGCGAACAACGGAGAAGGACCGCAUAUUCUGCCCCCUCACCGCGAAUUCCCCUUGCGACCUUCACGCAUUCCGUCAUCCUACACAGGCCAACCACCGUCACGCGGCCGUAUAGUGGAACAUGUGGGCGACGAUGACGACGAGGAGGAGCCAGAGGAGGAGUACAGCGACGAGGACGAGGACCUCGAGGAGGAGGAGGAAGAAGAGGAAGACGAAGAAGACGACGAGUACAGCGACGAAGACGAACCCCCCGAAGAUACUCACCCUCACGAUCGAGACGUUGCCGACUUCUUGACGUUUGGGAACAGCCUGCAAGUCAAGGGCGGCAUACUCACCGUUGCGGAUGACCUCCUCAAAAACGACGGCAAGCGUUUCAUCGAAAUGAUGGAGCAGCUCGCCGAACGCCGCAUGGCCCGAGAAGAGGACGCCAAGGAGCACUUUUCUCGCGGCUACGCUCAUCCCGCCAACGGCUCUUACUCGAAUCAUAACCAUCCUCCUCCCGAAGACGACUAUGACGACGAAGACGAGGAGGAGGAUGAGGACUAUGAUGACAGUCAAGAAGAGGAAUACGAGGAUGAAGAAGUGAGCUCCUCUCAAUACACAUAUGACCAUAAACACUCGAGUACUGAGCAUUACUGUUGUCAUCAUCAGGACACGAUGACCGAGGAACAGCGCAUGGAAGAGGGUCGUCGCAUGUUCCAAAUAUUCGCCGCUCGAAUGUUUGAGCAACGGGUCCUGACAGCCUAUCGAGACAUGGUCGCCAAGCAACGCCAGCAACAGCUCAUCGAGGAACUUGAGGAGGAAAAUAGGCAAACCGCUCAGAAGAAAGCCAAGAAGGCCAAAGAGAACCAGAAGCGCAAGGACAAGGCCGCGCUGAAGAAACAGCAACAGGCCGAGGAGAAGGCGCGGAAGGAGGCUGAGAAGGCUGCAGAGGAGGCCGCUCGACUCGAGGAGCAGCGGCGAAAGGUGGAAGAGCAGAGAAUGAGAGCGGAGGAGAAACGGCGAAAGAAGGAAGAGCAGAAGCGAUUGGAAGAAGAAGAGCGCCUUCGCAAAGAGACCGACCGGCAACGUCGACUCCAGGAACAGCAAGAGAAGCGUGCGGAGCAAGAACGCAAAGCGCGCGAAUCCCGCGAGAAGACCCAGAAGCUCAAGGAAGAAGCACGACUACGCGAAAAGGAAAUCCGAGACCAGAAGGACAAGGAGCUCCGUGAGCGCAAAGAGAAGCAGGAACAGGCCAAGCGCGACAAGGAGGCCAAGGCCAAGGCUGAGAAGGAAAGCAAGGAUCGCAUCAAGCAGGAGGAAAAGGCUGCCCAAAAAGCUGCCACGGUUGCUGCUGCUCCUAUUCCCAUUCCCACCUCAGGCCGGCGACUAUCGCAACACCCAGUACCGAUUCCGACACAUCCAUCCAACCCAGCAUCCUAUGCGUCCCCCAAGAUACCCGUUGCAACACCGGCUCUUCCCAAAGCUCCGACACCAAUCCGUCCCAAGCAUGCCUCUCAGCCCCUGGACACCAGCUUGCCUGAAUCCCAAGCUUCGCGAACAGGCUCUACUGCCAGCCAAAACCCAUCGCCACACCCUGCGACACCCGGCCACAUGAGUCCUGGGCCGAUUGGUUCAAGGAAGACUAGCGUGGCGACCACAAGCUCGCUACCCCAUCCUAAUUCCAUAUCACCUUCGAGCAUGAAAGGCCCGAUGCAGCCUGGCCCCUUUGGCAUGCCUAUGAGCAUGCCUCCACCCGGCUUCAACCCGCCGCCUGGUCUUGGAAAUCGUCUGCCCGACCCAAACAUCUUUGGUCCGCCUGGUAUUACCGGGUUUGGUAGACCUCCUCCCCCUCUGGGCAUGAUGGCCGUUCCACCAGGUCUUAAUGGGCCAGCUGGACGUGGCUUCAUGCCCGGCCCACCUCCUGGCUUCCCACAGCCCAUGGGCGACCAUAUGCAAAACAUGGCGCCAGGACCCGGAUCACAUUCGAGACAACAUUCCGGCAGCUUCGACCCUGCUUCAUCGCCAAUUCCAACACAGCCCAUCGGCAGGCCAGCACCCAUUGGACGACCAGGUAGUGUGGUUCAUGGACACCGAAAUGAUCCAUCAGAGGAUUUCACAAACCAACAGCAUCUUGGUAGCAGCGUCCUGGUAGAUGAUGCAUCAGACCCGAUGAACGCGGCAAUCAAUGCGGCCAGGCACCGUAGCCAGGUGCAACGAUCAGCGUUUCCACUGCCUUUCGACAAUGGGUUUUCUAGCAUCAACAAUAGCUUAUGGGGACCCUCACCAAUGUCAUACACGGUGGCCCCCGGAGUGGGAAACUCGACCUGGGGAAGCCCUACUAUGAUGCAGCCUAUGCCUCCGAUCCGUACGGCUGGAAAUCCUCGUUCGGUGACGAUUCGGCUCAUGAUGUGUCGCGCCUGCAAGGAACUGCAAGCCCGCAACCCAGAGAGCUCAGAGUCCUUCGUUGAUCUAGCAGCUGUCAAGGCAGAAGUUGACCAGCUCAAUAGGACUGAGUCUGUUCCUGAAGUUGAUCUGUUGGCUCUCGCCGAAACGGAAGGCAACCUGCAGAACGGCGGCGGCACCUUUGAGGUCCAGCUGGAUGCAAACGGCCCAGGGCAGCACUUGAUGCGAUGGGUGCCCGAGUUCAACGACAUGGCGUAUCCUGCCCACAGGCCCGUAGGUGCACCAGGUGAGAUCGGAAGCCCCAUCAUCGGCAGCGGCGCACCUGCUUUCUUGGCUAGAGGACACUAGAGUGGUCCGUCUAGCGAGAGUUCCAGGCCCGUUGCCUCAUCUGAGGGCUCUGCGUCCUCGACCGAUGCACUUCACCGUCGUGUCAUGUUCCGCGCCAUGCAGAAUGGAUGCAUCAACAGGGCCACCAAAGGCACUUCUCGCUAGGAUUAGGAUAGGAAGGCUCGUAAGCCAACCCGAGCCUUGAGUUGGCCUUGAUCAUGGUUGUUUGAGGGGGACAAUUGAGCCGGUGAAGGAUGGGACUCUUCCUUUUUCUCAAAACUCAGUAAUCGAACCCCUUCUUUGGGGUUGCCCGGAUAGCUAGCGCAUGGAGGGCGAUUCCCUUCCAAGCGAGCAUCCUCCGCAGGCCUUUGUGUGCCUGCG